AGAUGUCUCACUUUCUGAGAAUGUCAACUCUGAACUGGAUGAGAUCUCCAAGGUUCCUAAAGUUCACCCCAUUCAUACUUACGUGGCACUUUACAAGUUCCUCCCUCAAGAGCAAAAUGACUUAGAAUUACAUCCUGGUGACAGAGUUAUGGUGACUGAUGACUCUAAUGAAGAAUGGUGGAAGGGAAAAUGUGGUGAUAGAGUUGGAGUAUUCCCAGCUAAUUUUGUGCAGCGAGUGCGUCCAGGUGAACGUGUCUGGAAGGUGACGCAAAGUGUCCAUGGCAACAAAGACCUGGGCCACCUGACUGUUAAAGAGGCUCAGAUUUGUGUGGGUAAGAAUGAAGAAACUGAUGGCUUUCUAAAGCUAAGCAGUGGUAAGAAGAGAGGUCUGGUCCCGACUGAUUCGCUGGAGGAGAUAUAACAGCUUAUAGAGAUGAACACAGUCAUGAACAACAUUUAUCAUGAUACAGCAACAUAAUUUACCACAUAAACCUUUUGUAUUAUGUCAAAUGUUAACACAAAAACAGGUUUGUUCAGCCUGAUUGGAUCCUCAUAAUUUAUGUUUCUCUACCAUCAUGUUCAUGUUUCUUUGUUUUUGGGAAAAUAAGUUUUUUUCCUGUUAUUCAGGGAAAGUGAUAUGUUGUUGGCAUAUAUAAUUCCUAGUGCAUAGUGGAAUAGAAAUUUAACAACUUCUGG